AUGUUUAUAAAAGAAGCAUAUGAAAGAAGAUAAAAACAGAGCGAUGGAGAAUAAGAAAUAUUAUAGACCGAAUAAAGAAUACAUAAGAUUGGUAGUAUCAAGAACAAUAAAAUGAACUAUGAUAAAGAUGAAUAAUUUUUUAGCAAAGAGGAUAUCCCUUAAAGAGCAUUGCAAAUAAAAGAAACUGUUUAAACUUUUGUUGACCCAGAUAUUUUAGGUUUGAGAAAGAAGGAAUGGAAUAGCAGUGUUUCAGUUCCAAAAAAUCCAUUGUCAGAGGAAACCCAUGAGAGAAAGUUGGUUAAAAUUCGAUUAGGAUUAUUUGAUCAUCCAAUUCCUAAAGAGAAAGCUAAUAAAAUAUACGAGGGAAUAGAAACUAGAGACAAUUAUAUAUUAGCUAAGAAGGGCUCAGGUAAAUGGAAUGUGAGUACAGAAACUAAUAAUCUGGAGUUUUAAAAAUAUUUAAUGAAUUAAACGAAGGAUGCACUUAAGAAUACUAAGUCCAAAGAGGAGGAGAUUAUAAAAAACUAUUUAAAGCCCAUAGAACAUUAAUCUAAAUUGUAAUUAGAUCUUAGAUCUCAGAAAGUGAAUGAGAAAGAUAUUAGAAGUAAGAUAAGAUAGGAGUAUCAAAUGGCAAAUCCUGCUGCAUCUCAAUAGGCAAUCGAUGGAGCAGUCUUCAGAUUGGCAUAUGAGGCAAAACUAAGUAAAAAUCAAGAACAAAUUCAAGAUAAAAACUAUACAUUUAAGCCAGAUAUGGCAAGGACAUUGAAACAUGAUUUGGACUAUAAGUAUUGCCACAAUGGUGUGUGGUAGAAGAUGCCUGAUGGAAGUGAGGGUUGGUCUUGUUGCAUGAACAGUACAUUGGAAUCAAAGGGAUGCAUAACAAUAAAGAUAGACAAGAACAAGUGGGAUUAUUCAUCAUUUACACAUUGA